AUGGCGGCCAAGUACAAGCCGGUCACUGCUCGCGAGAAGCAACGCGCCUCCCGCUUCAGCGCCUCCAAAGCGCCGUCGACGCCGCCGCCUAGGCAGGCCGCCAAGACCAAGGCACAAAUCGGACGAGCGCCCUUGCAGCCGACAACGCGGCCGCCGCCGGCACUUGCGGCGGCAGGUGCGCCCAGCAAGCCGGCGUCGUCUGCGGACGUCAAGACGCACGGCGGGCACGGCGGAGGGAAGGAGAACGGGAGCUCCAACUUCAACCCCGACAAGUACAAGCGGUGGAAGGCCGGCCAGUGCUCCAAAGGCGACCUGUGCUGGUUCAGGCACGGAGCACAGGACACGGCGACGGAGGCGCCGUCCUUCGUUCUGAUGAUGCAUGUCGAGGAGGGGCUGUCAAAGCCCCCUCUCAUCCGCAAGGGUGCCGCUACCCGCUCCGACCCCGCGUACAGCGAGUGCCACCUGUGCGUCGGGCCCGCCUCAAACGACUGCGUGCCUGAGGGCGCCCCCUCCGAAUGUGCAAACGUGCGAACGACCGAGCCGCUCGCCAGCGCCGCGGUCGGUUCUGGUGAGUCGAAGUCAACGGACAGCCCGGCCAGCCCCCGCAGCCCGGUGACCGUGAUGGAGCUCAGCCUCGAGCCGCCGCAGUUCCAGCCCGACCGAGGCCUCGUCCUCGACGCAGCGCCCCUCGCUUUCCCUCUCGAGCCACUUCGUGCGACCCCGUGCGCAUGGGCGUGGGGUGGCUCGCCCUACUUUGUCUUUCAGCCCUCGCCGCCGCCAACGUCGUCGCCUCCACAGGACCUCCCCUGGCCCUGGCAGUGGUUCAGCGGAGGCGCAAAGGCGGCGCCUCCGAUCUGGGAGCUCCCUCUGGUGUCGUCAAUGUCGAUCCCACUCUCGCUGCUGGUGACACCGACCGACGGCGCAUCCGCAUGCUAA